GUGUACGAGUGUGUGCCUCACGGAUACUGAGCUCGCGCGAUCGAGCGAAUUUUCUCCAGUCAGAGUCGCACCUGACUAACUAUAACGAGGACUUGUGUGUGUUUUAGAGUAGAUUUUCGCAAUAAUACACAGAGCCAUGCACGUUUCCUUUUCUCGCGAAUAAGUUAAACACGCUGUAAUAAAAUGUGAGAGGUCUCCUUUAUCGUGGCUAUCCAUGCGGAUCAGAAGACGGAACUGUUGACGAAAUUGUCUGUUGAUUGAAAAAAAGUGGGUGGAAAUUGAAAGAAGAUGAGCAAGAAAAGUUUAAUCGAAGAGAAACUCUGUCGAUUAAUUCCUCCUGUACCUGCUGUUCAAUUUCACGAUAGAUAUUUCUCUUUAACUGCGUUUUGUCCUUAUCGUAUCAUCCGUCAUGAAACGAAUAUAUAAAGUCGCGAAGGAGAGGGGGGUGCAGACAGUGCAAUCAGAAGGAGCGUCUGUUCUUUUUCGCCACUUUUCACGUUCUGCACUUUGUGUCUUCUUGCCUCUCUUUUCAAAGCCUGAAUAUAUGUAUAUCGCGUUGUUUCGUUUUCCGAGAUCUGAAAGCGAAGCGUGGAGUACACAGAAAUAGAUUCUCACGCUAUUUGCAAGAUAUGUCUGACCCUACGGGUGAUCAUGUAGAUGCGUUGGAAGAAGAAUUGGAAGUGGAGUCUAACUAUAAGCCUCCACCGGAGAAGACUAUUGAACAGAUCCUUGAAACGGACAAGGAAGAUGAGAGUCUACGAAAGUAUAAAGAAACGCUUCUGGGAGAAGCAAAGGCUGGUGGUAUCGUAGUAGAUCCUAGUGAUCCUAGACAAGUAAUAGUAAAGAAAUUGGCCCUCUGUGUUGCCGAUCGACCUGAUAUGGAAUUAGAUUUGACUGGUGAUUUGGCACAGCUGAAAAAACAAACUUUUGUCAUCAAAGAAGGUGUAAGCUACAGAAUUAGGAUUGAUUUUAUCGUGCAACGCGAGAUUGUGCACGGGCUGAAAUAUGUACAGAAGACUUAUCGUCUCGGUGUACCUGGAGUCACGGUGGACAAAAUGACGCAUAUGGUAGGAUCAUAUCCCCCCAAAACGGAACUUCAGUCUUACACUACCCCAGCUGAGGACGCGCCAGCUGGCGUGAUGGCACGAGGCUCCUAUAGCGUUAGUUCUCUCUUUACGGAUGACGAUAAGCACGAACAUCUCAAGUGGGAAUGGGCGUUUGAGAUUAAAAAAGACUGGAAAGAAUAAGUCGUUUUCAUACAGAAAGGGAUCGAUGACAAGCAUACAACUUAUAGGUAGUCUUACCCCACACUUUCUGCGAGUAAUAAUUAAAGAAACAAAAUGCCAAAACGGAUGGAUUCUUAAUGUUCUUUAAUUGCACUCGGCGUCGCGUUGCCAUAUAUAUAACAUUUAAUUAAUUAAUUAUAUAUUUUAAGUAAAAACACAGAAAAAGAAUGUAUAAUCGGUAUUAAUUAAGAGCUUUCCUCGAUUGGACAUUCGAUCAUAAAAGUAGUAUACUCGACAGUUGCGAGGUACACACAUACAGAACACACACACAUAUUAAUCAUUGAUACUAGCAGACAACGAUUGUUCAAGUGAUGUGACAAAUCAAGAUUUCCGCGUUAUUACAUCAACAUUAAAACGAGUAAAAUUUACAAUGAACAUUACAUACAGUCGAUCACCCACUAUUACUAAACCACUGUUACUGUCAGUUGCGUGACUCGCCUGUGGACGAGCUGGAGCGGCAAGGGGAAUUAAAAAGGUGUGGCUCUUGAAAAUCGCCCCGUUUCUACAAAUAAUUCCGAGUACUGAUUUAUAGUGAUGGAGAGAUUGGCAAAAUCUCGGCAUAAAUGUGAAUCUCGCGAGAAAUUCAUUGAAUAUACAUAAAACCUAUUAAUAUUAGGAAAUGUUUUUUUAUUAGGUCACAAUUCUUUUCACAAACAACUUGACUGAAAUAAUAUACGUACGAAUGUACGCGUUUACGUGUGAAAUCAAUCGUUUCUUUUUUUUUUUUAAUGAUUCUAACAAAAGAACGGUAGUUCUUUUAUUAUGAAUUGGCCGCGUACAAUUUUCCAUAAUUGCUGAAUGAUGUUCUAUUGUCUUUUAUUUGCAUUCUUAUCGCGUUAUAAUCGAUCGUUACAGAUAACAUUACAGAUAACGAUGAUUGAUUCAUUAUAAUAGACGAAAAUGCAAUUUUUCUAUAACCAAGGCUCUCAAGUCAAGAUAACGUAUGAUUCACUAACAACAGUAGUUGCGAGUAUCUCGAAAAAUUCAAUAAAAGUAACCGAUUAUGCUAUUCUUUGUUUAUUAUAUUUUUAGUGAUCCGUUUGCGCUAUUUAACCAAGCAAAUUUUUAAUUCUAUUCUGCGGCGGACGACAAUUACUUUUAAUUUAGUCCCACUUGUCUGUCGGAGCUUUGCGUGCAAUGUAUCGAUAUUGUAGUUACGAUCAAGAUGUUUUGUACAGUGUAACUCUUCCGAGUACGAAGCCUACACACACACACACACACACACACACACUUGAAAAUAUCUCUCGGAGAUUGAAGAUGUAAGAAACAUAUAAAAUCAAAUUUAUGAAAUCGCAGAAAAAAAUGAAGAGUUUAAAAAUGAAUGUAAUUAUUUUCUUGCGCGAUCUAUUCCUAUAGGUUACAAAAGUCGUUAAUAUUUCUUGGGUGUGCAAUAAACAACGCGUUCUAUAGUUCUGCAGGAAAAGAAAUAUCAGGGUUUGUGUGACUGAACUUUGAAAAAAAUGGUCUUGAAAUCGCAAAUAAGAGUAUGUGUAAAUUGUUCUCUACAUUUUUGUUAUUCAUUAUUGAAGCGUUCGAGAAAGAAAGAUUUAGGCGUUCUUUUUCUAGUGUUUUUCAGAAACGGAGCUUCUGGUAUAGGCUUUAUUACUUUAGUAUUUUUUUUUCCAGCUCGCGGAAAUUAUUAUCGUAACGCGUUAACUUCCACGCAUUUGAUCCCUCGUGAGAGAAUAUGUCGUAGCGAAUGCUUGUGUUUGAGUCCAAGUAAUUAGUCCAGGUGUCUCGAUUCACCCAAUCCGCACAUCACCUAAUAAGAGAAGUAAUAUGUGUAAAAAUGUGUAUAUCGUAUGGUUUAUGCCAUAUGUUAAAGCCUAUGGGGUACUGUCAUAUACCGACCAAUCGUAUAGGCUAGGAUUGCCGCGCAUUUGUACGAUAACGAGCGACGAGGAGCAGAAUAUAAGAAUAGAAUGUUUUGUACCUUUACUACGAGCUUCACGAAGACACAAGUAGAUUGAAAGAAUAGUUACCUCAUAAAAAGCGAUUAAAGUAUACAUGCGUUAAGCAUAUACAUGCAGGUAGAAUCGUUUCGUUCAUAAAAAUCAUAUUUUUCCUCAAAGGCAUACAAUUACGUCUAGCAUCUCUUCUUGUCUCGUCUAACACAACACUGACUUUUCUUCAUCGUUCCUUUUUUGUACAUUCAUUCUCGUAAGCGGAGAGAGUCGGAUUAAUUAAGCUUAGAAUUUGUGUGUACCUCAUUGUACUUUGUAUAUCACGUGUACCCAUUUGUAUUAUGUGACACAUGCGCACGCAUACACACACAUCCGUAUACAUAUAUUGUAUCGGCGAAUACAAUUACAAUAGUAUAGGGGAAAUAUACAACUUACACGAAAAAUAUAACAUUUGUCUCUAUA